AUCCUCUUCAUCAUGAGCUCCCAGUCAUCAUCAACCAUCCAACCACUGAUAUCUGAUAAUCAUCGCCCUCCUGCAAGUUCUCUACCUGGAGAAACCCUCGCGUUUGCUGAACGGAUCUUUGAUGGUGCAAGAACCGGUGACCUCCCCUUGUUAACUUCAGCCAUCGAGGCUGGCCUGCCUGUUGAGCUCACUAAUGUAUCUGGGAAUAAUCUGCUGAUGCUCGCCGCCUACCAUGGACGAGCCGAGCUUGUACGCUUCCUCCUCUCUCGGGGCGCCCAGCCGGAUCGCCUGAACGAGCGCGGCCAAUCUGCCUUAUCAGGGGCGGUAUUCAAAGGGUGGACGGAGGUGGUGAAGGCCUUGGUGGAAGCAGGUGCCGACAUCAGGGCUGGCAAGCCAAACGCAAUCGAUUGUGCAUACAUGUUCAAGCGGGAUGAUUAUUGGCAGUUACUAGGAGCUUCAGCUUCCGAAAUCUCUUCCGAUGUACCCCAAAGAAUUCCUUGAUCAAUACAUAAGAGUCAUUACUAUUCACCAAAUCAAGACCCUGCAUGUUCCUUACUUCCAACAAAUCUGUUGUAAUUGAUAGUCUCUUUUGCCGGUUUUGAUUCUUGACACCAUGCUCAGCCACAAUUAGAUCUGGUGCAGAACAGACAAGAUGCCGCAUUUACCUUCAAAACCAUCUAA